CUCGCUUUCUGCAUCUCUCUCCACUCUCCUCUAAUAGAAAUGUCUGUGUUGGCAGGGAGUCCCCGAGCUACAGCCUCUGCGCUGCACUUCCCGUCUCCCUCCAUCAUCCAGCAGUCCAGCCCCUACUUCACCCACCCCACCAUCCGGUACCACCACCACCCGGGACAGGACCCCCUGAAGGAGUUCGUGCAGUUCGUCUGUGCCGACGGAUCAGGGCAGUCAUCCGGACAGCCAAACGGGAGCGGCCAGAGCAAAAUGCCGGGCUCCUUCUUGCUGCCUCCACCUCCCCCAGUGGCCCGCCCAGUGCCCCUCCCCAUGUCCGACUCUAAACCCAACAGCACGCCCCCCGACGGCGGACUCUCCUCGCCCGCAUCUCCGU